CACUUGUAGGGCAGUAGUACGGUCACAGCCAGGACGGCGAGGACGCCGCUUGGCCGCACUGCUGCCUCAGAGCGAGGUUGUUGUAAAAGCGUUCGGAGAAUUAGCCUCAUCUGAUGUCUCCGGAUUUGCCUCACUUGGAACUAAAAAGGCAUUUGAAAUACUUUGUUAUUUACAUUUACAGCGAUCAGGCUGCAAGUAGGCUAGCCUAUGUGAUUUACGCUCUCGUAAUAUGCGGUGACCAAGCAAAGACUCGGAGAUGAUGAUAUUUGUAUGAUGCUGAAAUCUUGACGCUGCGCAUGUUUGGAUGGCUAUUAUGGACAUGGGUUCACGUUGAGGCUUACCUUCCCUUUUGGAUAUAGAAACCUACAAAUUCUGCCUUAAUGGAAAUAAUGUCACCGCGACAGGAGAACAUUAGCCAGAGUCGGUCUGCCUCUUUAACGGGGGAAACCAGGAUCUGUGCUGUACCUGAGACCAAAAAGAAGAUGAAGACUCUCAACCAACGAAGACAGUCGGCCCCUUCCCUGGUCAUCAGCAAAGCAUUUACCAAAUCCAGAAACCACUCCAGGGAGCAGUGCCUGUCACCUGUCAGCCCAGAGAUGUGUCCCCUGGUCCAGUCCUUCCUGACUCCGGCACGGACAUUCCUCACCCACGGCCACGCCCAGCUGAAGACUGGCCUGCAGACACAGGAGCGAUACCUCUUCCUCUUCAGCGACAUUCUCCUCAUCACCAAAGCCAAGUCCUCAACACAUUUCAAGCUGAAGGCUCAGGUGCGUGUGUGUGACAUGUGGACAGCUGGCUGCAUGGAGGAGGUGUGUGAAGGCAGUACCAGCCCUGACAGAAGCUUCGUCAUGGGCUGGCCCACCUUCAACUGUGUCGCCACCUUCAGUUCGGUGGAACAGAAAGAGAAAUGGUUCUCCUUCAUAAAAAGUCAAAUAAAAGAGGAGAAAGAAAAAGAUGACCCCGAAACCAUUCCUCUUAAAAUAUUUGCUAAAGACAUUGGAAACUGUGCUUAUGCCAAGACUCUGACUGUCAGCCACACAGACUGCGCCACGCAGGUCAUUGCCAUGGCGCUGCAGCAGUUUGGAAUUUCGGGCUGUGUGAAAGAUUACCAGCUGUGGGUGAGCUCAAAGAAGGAUGACCCUCCCUACCCCCUGAUUGGGCAUGAGUUUCCCUUCAGCAUCAAGAUGAGUCACAUCCGGGACCAUGGAUUGCAGAACGGGGGAGGGAAAGAGACAGUUACUCCUCCAGAUCUGCAGGGGAUGCUGCUCCUGGAGCGGUUGCCUUUGAACACGCAGUGCCAGUUCAUCCUCAAGCCCAGCCGAGUGGCUGUGGAACAGCCUGUACUUGACGGAGGCCAGAAGCCGUUCAGGAGGAAGCGCUCCAUCAUGGCCUGGGCUUUCUGGCGCGGCUCCAGCUCUCAGCUGGAUGGGCUGCCCGCCUCGCCGACCCUGCCCACCUCGCCCACCUCGCCCACCUCCAAACAGUUGUUUGGCCUACCACUGAGCGCCGUGUGCAAGGGCGACGCCCUGCCGAAAUCCAUCAUGGACAUGCUGGCGUUGCUGUACCAGGAGGGCCCAUUCACCAGGGGGAUAUUCCGUCGCUCGGCGAGCGUCAAGGCGUGCCGGGAGGUGAGAGACAGGCUGAACUCCGGCGAUGAGGAUGUCACACUCACCUGCGAGUCUACCUUCGUCACCGGGGCUGUCUUCAAGGACUUCCUGCGGCACAUCCCAGGCAGCCUGCUGUCCCAGGACCUGUAUGAGCAGUGGGUGGAGGUGAUGGAGCAGGCAGGGGAGGAAGAGGAGGAGCGCGUGCAGGCUGUCCAGAGACUGGUGCAGCUGCUGCCACCAGAGAACCAGCUUCUUUUGGGACACUUGCUCGCCGUCCUCCACUGCAUCCAUCGGCAUUCCCACCACAACCAAAUGAACAGCUUCAACCUGUCGGUCUGCAUCGCUCCCAGCAUGCUUUGGGCCCCCAACCCCUGCAGCCCUAGCAUGGAGAGCGAGGGCACCAAGAAGGUGUCUGAGGUGGUGAGGUUCCUGAUCGAACACUGCUGUGAGGUCCUGGGGGAGGACAUCGCCUCUCUGUUUGGAAGGUUCCCUGAGAGAGCCAGCAGCAGAGAGCACGGAUCCGAUGUGUCCUCCUUCCAGCUGAAUGACUCGUCGUAUGACAGCCUGGAGAACGAGCUGAACGAGGACGGCGGAUCUCCGCUCCAGAGCCUGCGGCUCCACAAGGGCAAGCAGGAGAACCGCAGCCGCGACUCCGUCCUCACGCUGAGCGACGACUGUGACCUGGACUCCUCCUGCCUGGAGCUCCCCCCGCUGGCCAGACCCAGGAAGUUCACCUCCGCCACCCAGCAGCCGCCUCCCCGUGCCCUCCGCGAUGGCCCUGCUCCCGAACCGGACGCUCCGCCCCCUCGCUGGCAGCGCCGAUGCUCCGAGCCCGCCCUCAGCCUCCCACUUUCUAGCCACGCCCCCAGCAGCGCCUCACACCUACCUGUGAGCCGCAAGUCCAGCUAUGACGCCGUGACCAACUGCAAUGUUUUUGGGGAAGAGAGGGACCUGAGCAGAGGAGGGGGAGCAGGCGAGGUUUCCCGGGGCGUCCCACCCCCGCCGCUGUGUCGGAAACCCAAGCAUCCCUCCUCAGCUCUGCGCUUAGACACAAGCCUGUCCAGCCUCUCCUCUCCAGCCACCUCCCCCUCUGGCUCCUCCAUGAGCUCUUUGGACAGUGCCUUCUCUCAGGGCUCUGCAGACUACACCAUCCAUCAUGCACCCAGGACCCAAGGCCACCCCCUCUGCUCCCCCACUUCUGGCUCCGCCCCCUCCUCAGAGUCCCCCAAUUGGAGUCAGCACAGGGGCACCCACGGCUUCCACCCCAACACAAGGGAACUACUCCUGUUUCCACAACAACAGGACAAAGAUGGUGGAAGGGAGGGUGAGGAGGGGGAGGAGGUUGAGGAAGAGGAGGAGGAGGAAGGACAGAGGGAUCCUGGUGGGUUAGCGGGAGACCUUCCGAGGAGGAGGUCCUGUAGUCCACCCUCCUACCAGCAGGUGGCGCUGAAGGUCCAGCGUUACAGAUCACCAUGUUACCGCGUCCGUGAUCGUGGCCUGAUGGCACGGGAGGGGAGGUCCCCUCACGCCACCCCGCCCUGUGCGGUGUUCUAUGGGCAAGCCACCUCCAGCCUGAGCCUGCAGAAGGAGCAGCCACAGCCCCCAGUCCCACCUGCCCCGCCCACUCCACUUACUGACGGGCCUCGUCGACGCGCUUCCGAACCCUCUGUGCUCCGUUUGGGCAAACCCUCGACAACCCACCUCAAUACAAGGAGGGGAUCGUUAAUGGCAACAGCAUGUGCUGGGCAGGACCUUCAGAACAGUGGGCUAAAGGUGUCCGAUGUGGAGCCGCACCGCAACCCCGAGCCGCGGUUCUGCCUGUCUCCCUCCACCACCAGGGCCCUGAGGGACUACUUCUUCACAGCCACAGCAACUGACACUGGGGAUACCCUGAAGCGGAGCCAGGAAGUGGCCUCCGCCCUUGUCCAGGGCAAGAGGGAGUGGCAGGCACGCCGUUGCAGUGACCCCAGGUUCGAUGAUUUUGAACAGAUGCUUUUCGGUGAGGAGUCUUAUGUGUGAGCACUUCCUCCUGCAGUGACUGUCUUUCUCAUGUGGAAGCAGCCUUUCAGGCUCUGCCUGUACAGACCCACUGACACACACAGGUGGCUGUAAAUCACAGCCAGCUGUGUUCACCCAGUUCAUUCACAUCUGUCCCUGAGUGAAAAACAGACCUGUGUGCACACGCACACACACACACACACACAUGCAUGCACACACACACACGCAAACUGUGUUAUGCUCUUAUAUUACCAUUUCUGUUUAUUUAAUAAGAGUGUUAUGAUGCAAUUACAAGACCAAAAAUAAAUGUAAUGCAAACACCACUCAUAAGCUCACUGUAUUGACUGUGGACAGCCUUAAUAAUUACAUGAACCUUUAUGUCUGAACCUCAGAGUGAACCUGCAGGCUGUCAGACAUAUUAUAAGGCUGAAUCUACUGUGCAUCUUCCAUUCAUUCACAGCAAAGGUGUGUGUGAGUGUAUGCAUGUGUAUGCAAGCAUGUGUAUAUCUGUAUAUGUGUGUUGUCUGUGCACAUGUAUGCAGCAUAUAUGGGAGUAUGUAUGUGUGUGGUGUGUGUGUGAUGUGUUUGUGCCUGUGUGUGUGUGUGUGUGUUCGCUAGGCAUAAGACAUCAAGCAGGACUGCAGGAAAUGAUGCAUUUACAGCACUUGUGUUUCUCUUCCACAGAAAACACAAAGCACACUGUGUGCAUGUUUGCAUCGGUAUGCAUUUUUCUUUGUGCAUGUAUGUGUAGGUCAAAUCUAGGCAAUUGUGUACAUAUUGUGUUAUUUUUUAUUUUCCCAAAGUAUUUUCUAACAUUUUAAAAUUGUUAUAAAAAACACUGCUGCCAAUAAUGCAUACAUUUAUGAUGAUUUGCAAAUAUAAAAUUAAAAAAGAAAAAAAAUUGUAAAAGAAAAAACGUAUAAACUUAAACUUAUAAUACAUUUCUACUUCUGUUCAUUUGUCAUGUAUAGUUGUGUAUUUAUGUUUAUAUGACUGUCUGUGUAGUUAGUAGUAGCUAUAAUGAGCCUAAUGUGGAUUUCUGUACAAUCAAACCCUGCUGCUACUGUCUAUAAAAGUAUAACUGCUACAUGAAAAUUAACUAUAAUAAUUUCAAUAAAUCAUCAGCUGUUAUAAAGUGA